AUGUUUAGGAAAAUUGAUUUAUUUGGAAGCUAAAUAUUUUUGAGAUCUAAUGGAGAAUAAACUUACAAAUCUAAUUUAGGAUCUUUUACAACAUUGAUAAUAAUUAGCUUCAUUUUGAUGCGAUUUAUUCAGAUAUUACUAGAAGUUAUUAAUAGAUAAAAUCCGAAUGUAAUUUAUAGCGAGAGAUAAGUUGAUAAUCCUGAAAUAUUUUCAAUAUCAAGUGAAACAUUUCCUAUGGCUUUUGGGAUGGAAGAUCCAAUAAAUAAAUUAUAUUAUAUAGAUGAACAAAUAUACACAAUAUCCGCUCAAUGGUAACAAAAGAGAAGAGUUUUUAAUUCUACUAGCCAACAAUAUGAUACAACAUGGAUUUAUUAAAAUAUAAGUGUUUAGCCAUGCACUCUCUAAAAUUUCCAAAAUAAAGAUAAUUUAGAGUACUACAAGAAUCUUAAUUACACAAAUAUGUACUGUCUUUCACCUGAAUCAGUUAUUUCCAUUUAAGGAGACUUUCCUUCACUUAUUUUUUCUUAACUUGUAAUAACAGUAUAGCAAUGUUAAAUUAAUUGCAAAUCUCAAAAUUUAAUUAACUAAUAUUUGCUUAAAUCUGAUUUUGGCAUUUAGCUCUCUGAUUCUUAUGUGGAUCCGACGAUCAAAGAUAACCCAUUCAAAAUGUAUUCCAGAGAUAUGUUUUGGCAUAUUAGUACCCUUAUGCCUUAGGAUAUAACCAUGUAUUUAAGAAAUAAUUAUGUGUACAGUGACAUUGGAUGGUUUUAAUCAAAUAUAAAAACUGAAAGAUUUCCUUCGUUUAGCUACUAUGAAAAUUCUGUUUAUCCUUCAGGUUUUUAAGAUUAUUUUUUGAGUAUCACUAUGAGGUUUGAGAAAUAAAAAGAAGGUGUUUAUAAAAGAUGGUAUUAAGAUUUCAUUAGUAUUUUGUCAGAAAUAGGUGGUUUUACAUAAAGUCUUUUAGCCAUAGGGUUUCUUUUAUGUCGUCGAGUUUCUUAACUCUAAUUAAAUCAAAAAAUUAUUAAUUAAAUUUUUAAUUAUGAAGAAUCUAGUUUAUAAAAUGAUUAAUAAGAUAUCAUUAUAGAAACAGAAAAAUCAACAGCAAGUCCAUAAAAUUAGAUCUUUAUGCAAUUUUAAAGUAAUUUGUAAAAUAAAAUCGAUUAGAAAGCGAAUAUAAAGUAAAAUGUAAACAACGAGACAAACUAGUUAUCUCCUCAAGUUAAAUCUUAAGAAUAUAAGCCUAUUUUGAAGGUUUAAUUGGACUCUUAAAAUAUAUAUUAGUAAAGAAAAUCUAAUAUCGAACCUAACUUGAUACAUCUAGGCAGUUGCUCAAUCCAUAACUCUCCUCAAGCUUUGAAGUUAAAUUAAAAAUUAAAAAGCUCAAAACAAUAAAAUAAAUAAAAUUCUGUAGUUAAACCUUCUUAACCAGGAAAAUAAUAAUAGAAUUUUUCUCUAAGCGAAAAACAUAUUUUAAAUUAGUUGAUCUAAGAAGAUAUUGAUAAUAAUAAUAAUAAUAACAGUAACAUUAGUCCUAAAGUUUUAGGAGUCACUAACAGCUCAAUUUCGAAGCUAUUUUCAAAAAAAUCAAAGGAUUUAACAAAAAAUCAAUAAGCAGUUGAAAAGCACUUCUCGAAGCUUUUGAGAAAGUAAACAAAUGGCAUGAAAAUGGGUAUUUGGGAGUAUUUUUUUUCACUAUUUUGCCCUUACGGAAGGCUAAAAAAGAAAAAAGAAAUAAUAAAUUACAGUAUUGAUAAAUUGUAUUAGAAUUUAGAUAUUAUGUAAAUAUUAAAAAGAUUGAUUGAGGUAGAGAAACUAAAACGAUUACUUUUAGAUCACGAUUAAAUAAAACUACUUGAUUAUCUGCCUAAACCAACUAUACAUUUAGAUUUAGUAAUGAAAAAAGAUUUAAAUUCUUAAAAAAAACAAGAAAUUAAUCUUCUCUAUUAAGAUAAUAGAUCGGAAAUGCAAAAAGUUAAAGAUGCCUUUGAAGCAUAUAAAAACAUACUCAAUAAAGAUAAUCUCUCAGAAGUUGAUUAAAAGAUUAUCGGAAUGCUUGACUAAAAUUUAGUUGAAAUAUUUGAAGCAUAAAAUUAAAGCAUAAAUAGAUUAAAUAAAUAUAUGUCUAUUAAUCUAACAGAUCUAAAUCGUGAUUGUUAAUAAGAAAAGAAAAAAUAAGAUAAUUUAUCUAAUAUUGUUUUUUAAAAUGAAUAAUAAAAUAGCGAUUCUAUUCAUAGAAAUUAAUAAACAACGGAAUAUUAAACCAAAUUAUAAAAUUAAAAUUAGGUAUUUUCAAAUUAAAAAAAUAUCGAUACACCAAAAGUUAAUAGUUUACAGUAAAUUGACUUGUCUGAUUCUGUUGAAUUAAGAGAAAUACCUCAAGAAAAAUAGAUUAAAAAUCUACCAACUAAUAUGUUUAACACAAAUAUAAUCCAAAAUCAAGUUAUUAAUUGA